GGCCAAUCGGAGCGCGCGCGCCUGGCACGAUGACGGCCGGCAAACGCUCUUUUCGGCCGACGCACGAUGCUGCCGACCAUCGAGAUGGUCAUCUCGCUGCACAUGCACGUGCGCGGCUACCGCGUCCUCGGCAAGACCGCGGAAUUUGAGAUUGCCUGCAAGGCCAAGUGCAGCACGGCGCCGCGGCUCGAGAUGACCGCGGUCGAGUGGAGCGUCUUCAAGACCAUCGAGGAGUUCCAGCUCCUCGACACGCGUUUGCGCAACGACGCGAUCUAUGGCAGUCGCAUGCGCGACGUGACCUUUGUGCCAUUGCACAAGACCAAGGUGUUCUUUGGCCAAGCCAUCAAGCCGUCGUUCUUGACAAAGCGCCAAGACGCGCUCGGCAAGUACCUUCGGCAGGUGCUCAGCAUCGCAGACAUUGCCGACUUUCACUCGGCCACAGGCUCCCAAGUGCUCGCGGACUUUUCACUCAUCCACGCCCACGUCGUCUUUGCCCACACCGAAUCGACGCACAAAGCGAAUCUUCCACUCGACGUCGCCGGCUCCGAGACGUCCAAAGCCGACGACAGCUACGUGGUCGAACCGCAUCUCGACAGUCACGAUGACUCGGCGCUCGACGACCCUCCGCCGCCGACGACAACGACAUCGACGACCAUCUCGGCGAGCCGUGAGUCUGCGUCUUCAGACGACGUGGCCGACGACGAGCUUACGCAGGCGCAGCAGGAAGAGCUGCAAGCGCUCAUUGUGCAGCGCAUCCAGGAACACACGGACGUCGAUGUGCUCAAGCAAUUUCAAAAGCAAGCACGACGCUUUGGCCGCGCCGCCGCCGACGCAGCGGACGCCGAGGGCCACGCCUUCUAUGCGUUCAUGCUGCGCGUCUUUGGCCGCGAAUUCUGCGCCUGGCUAGUCCCAAGCCUCGCCCAACUGCUUGCAGACCCGAUCAAGAAGCGUGCGCUCCGCAAUGUACUGCAGGCCCAUGACGAGACACCGACCGUGGUGGUGGUUGCCGCGGCGCCCCCACGUCCACGCCCUGCCAGCGAGGCCAUUCUCUCGACACCGCCGCCGUUCCCGACGCGGCCACAGCGAUCGCGCCCGGCGAGCAUGAGUGGGAAAGAGGUUGUCGCCAAAGUCCGCGAUCUUGUCGACGGCGACGAAGAGCGCGUGAGCGAGUUCAAGGCCAUGACCAAGGAGCUUCGAACGAGCCGCCUCUCGGCGUCCGAGUACUCGGACUAUGUGGUCUCAGCGUUUGGUCCGCGCCAGUCGCAAGAAGUGCUGGUCGACGUGGCCAAUGCAAUGACCAACCCGCACGUUCACGAAGAGCUCACGACUGCAAUCGAGGUCGUAGAGCAGCAGUCGGCGCUGUCGUCGCUGCGGGCGACGAUGCGCCAGCGCCGCAACAGCCGCCGCAUGAGCCUCGAGCGCAACUCGUCGUUCAUUAGCCGCCGCUCAAACUUGAGCAGCGUUGAGGUCGAGGAGGAAGACGGCACCGAGUCGGCGGAAGACGUGCCCUCGUCGCACCGCGUGCUGAAUCGGCUCAAGCACCAAGGCGCGGUCAACUUGAUGAACUUCAAGUAGUAUAUAAUGCACGACCACCAUAGCGGCGUAGGAGACAAAAGAAUGAUGAUGUGGAUAUUGACACAGAUGCUUCUUACUUACGGCGCCUUCUUGAACUCGACGACGUUGUACUGACGCA